UGGUUGCAGGGCGGCACCGUGCUGAGCUGGGUGGACAUCUGCGCGGGGCUGGCUGCCAAGGCCUUUGCCCGCGGGCCCUGCGUCACGGCCUCUGUGGACGCCGUCCACUUCCUGCGCCCCUGCCACGUGGGAUCCGUGGUCAUCGUGGCCGCCAUGGUCAACCGCACCUUCCGCUCCUCCAUGGAGGUGGGGGUGCGGGUGGAGGAGGAGGACAGCCGCACCGGCGUGCGCCACCACUGCUGCUCCGCGUACCUGACCUUUGUGGCGCUGGCGCGCAAGGACGCGGGCGGCGGCCGCCCUGUGGACAUCCCCUUUGAGCUGGCGCCUGAGAGCGAGGCGGAGGCGCUGCGGUACCGUCUGGCGGUACAGAAGCGGGAGGAGCGG